AUGCCUCAAUCACGACGUGAGCCAAAGAUAUGCGGCGUUUGCGGCCAUAAGGCUAUUGGCAAAAAUUUUGGUGCCGUUACGUGUGAGCCGUGUAAAGCAUUUUUUAGGAGAAACGCGUUGAAAAACACUUUUGAAUGCCUGUUUGAGGGCAUGUGUCCAAUCAACGAGGUAACUAGGAAGUUUUGCCAAAAGUGUCGGCUCACCAAGUGCUUCGAUAUCGGCAUGAAGAGGGAAUUCAUACUGAAUGACGAGGAAAGACACUUUCGGCGCUUGAAAUUAGAGGCCAAACGCCGGCAACGGAAGGGUAGCGGCGAAACCUCUGCCACACCCGCGACACCCCAUCCCUCGUCGUCAUCGGGCACCGCCUCUCCCGACGAGACGAUGACAUCGUUUUACUCGCAAUACAGCGAAACGAUCAGCGAUUCGCGCGAUAUGUUUGCCGUAAACACAGGCGUCGACACAAACAAUGAGUACUCGUUAUUAAGUGUUUGCACAGCGGAUGCGACACCCCUUCCCUCCGUCAGCCCUAUAACCAACACAACAGCCAAUCUAUUAGACACAGACUUUUUCGCCUACGAUAACUAUGGCGAACAAUUGGUGCCAAUCGGUGACGAUCACCAACUUCUGGAGAUCGGAACCAUUGAUCGCAAUAAUAAUAACAACCACUCGUUCACCGCCGGCGACGACACCGACAUAUCGGACGACGUGUACGAAAGGGUCGUACAGUUUGAGCUGUCAAUCAUACCGAUAGCUACGGACAGCUCAGCCGAAAGCACACCAUUUAACGACUCGGAGCGCAAAGUGCUCCGCGAAUUGCUGGACGCCGUCCACAACAGUCUCAUUGAGUGCCCGAAGACAGCGUCGGUCACAGAGAUUGUCACACUUCACGAGUUGAGACAAACGAUGGGUUAUAUUUGGGAGCGAGAGAUACAAAUGAUUGUCGCUUUUAUGAAGAGUUUGCAAUCGUUUCAACGCCUGUGCGAAACCGAUCGCAUCGCUCUCCUCAAGAAUAGCUCGUUUGAAGUCUUGUAUUUGUUGUCUAUUAUGCGAUAUAAUCCGGCGGCUGAUUGUCUCACUUUGCCCAUG